UCCAAAACCAACCAUCUUCAUUUACUUCCAAAUAUCAAAUCCAAGUGUUUCUAAACAAAACAUUUCUCUUCCGUUUAUAUCCCCUGUGAUUUCAAAAAACUCCAAAAAGAGGUGAGGAGGGGGGAAAAAUCCCCUUCAUUAAAGCUCCCCUGUUUCUCCUCUGCUUCCUUCCGCUUGCAAGUUUUGAUUUUGGAUAAGAGAAUGUGCUCAAGUGUCUGUCAAGGGUUGCAAUCAUGCCAGGAGGUGGUUGAAUCACGUUUCUUGAGGCUGAAACUGGUUCCACCCCAAACAAGUUUCACUGAACCAUAUAAUGGAGAAACAAACACCACGUCCACCACCUUCAUCCCCAACGAUAACAACAACGACAAUGAUUGCCAACUGAUAGCCAAUCGGAACACCAGCAUGGGUGGAUGGAGUUUCCUCCAGUCCCUAUCUGACACAAAACCUCCCGCCGUGAACCAAAAAGUCUACGUGCACCCUCCUGUUAAGCGUUCGGCGGCUUCUAGGCUAAGUGAUAAAAGCCUCGAAAUGUGCACCGAACAUUUAGGUAGCGAAACUGGAAGCGAAAGUAGGGAUUGCGGUCAUGACAUUUCCUUGCUUUCGUUGAAAACUCAAACCGUGGCUAGAGAUAUUAUUCCGUCGAAACCGAGGGAAAGUUCGUCGACCAGAAAAAUGAGGCGUGACUACAGCUUUCCGCCUCCUUUGACGUCCAUUAGCUGUUCGAAUGGUGUUCAGGUCAAGUCUCAUCGGGAAAACGGCCGCUUAAUUCUUCAAGCCGUUAGUGUCUCUCCCUGUCAUAGUUACUUCCAUGCAGAACGUAGCGAGGGGAGGCUUAGGCUUUCCCUUUUCAGGGACGCUACCCCAGUUAUCGACAUCGAAGAUCAAGAUCAAGAACAAGAAGAUGAUGAAGAAGUCAAAGUUGAAGAAGAUGAGUUUUAUGGGGAAACCGAGAAUAAGGAAGGAAUUAAUGGGAAUGUUGGGGGUGAAAUCGGGGCAGGGAAGUUGCCAAGGCCAAGCAGCUGCAAAGAAAGUAAUCGAAGCCACGAAGGCGGCUUGCUUCAUUGGAAACCAUUCUUGGUGACUACUUGAAAAAAUAUGGCUAAAAAUGGAAGAAUUUUCACCACUCCCAACUGAGAAUUAGAAUUCUAAUUUUUAGUUAUUACAAGUUUAAGA